CCGUCUUCUCCAGCGAAUUAUCUAAGAGACCUCGAUCACAAGCGCUCGCGCGCAAGAAUAACCAUGGUCAAGAAGCUUGCGCUCAUGACCUCCCUCUUCUUCAACAGCAGCGAGACAAGCAUGUGCCCUUCCUCUCCCCCAUCCAUGUCAACGGCCUCCUUCAGCACCGCUGCCUCGUGGCAGUGGCCGUCUUGCAUGCAGGCAAGAACCCUCUCUAUCCGGGUCGACAGCGGUGAGAUUGUGUCCAUGCGCCACGACAGCAACCACAAGCAGCAGGAGGAGUACAAGACGAGCAUGAACCCAGCCUACGUCCUCGACUCGACCGAGUAUUACUCCUGCAGCCUCUCCACGGCGCCGGAACAGGAGCCAGCCGUCCGCGCCGUCGCGGACGAGGACGAGGUGAUCGUCCGCGGCCUCCGGUCGAACAACCGUAUCUUCUUCGAGCCCGAGUCCACGAGCUCCAUCGUGAGUAAGGCGGCCACCGCAGCGGCGUUCGGCGGGGCCACGGCGCUAGCUAUCGAGUCCGCCGACCCGUACGGCGACUUCCGGCGGUCCAUGGAGGAGAUGAUGAUGAGCCACGGCGUCAACGACUGGGGCUGGCUCGAGGAGAUGCUGGGGUGGUACCUCAGCGCCAACGGCAAGAAGACGCACGGCCUCAUCGUGGGCGCGUUCGUGGACUUGCUCGUGGCGCUCGCCUCUGCUCCCUCCCCUGCCUGCUCGUCCAGCCUCAUGGCUCGUCAUCAGGCUGUCAAGAAAGGCAAACACCAAACAAGGUGAUGAAGUGCUCUGGGCUAAUGCAUGCACGCAAUUGCUUAGUAGUACAAUUUGUGUCAUGACAACAUCGAUCAAAUGGUGCUCGUUAAAUUAAUGUAUGCUCUGAUCAUGUGUCUGCAGACAGUUAGACAUCGU